AUGACUGCUUGGAGCUGCCUGGUGACAGGAGCAGGAGGCUUUCUAGGCCAGAGGAUCAUCCACUUGUUGGUGAAGGAGGAGGAACUGCAGGAGAUUAGGGCUCUGGACAAGAUCUUCAAGCUGGAAACCAGGGAGGAAUUCUCUAGGUUGCAGACAAAGACCAAGAUUACAUUGUUGGAAGGAGAUAUUCUGGAUGCCCAGUGCCUGAGGACAGCCUGCCAGGGCAUCUCAGUCGUCAUUCAUACAGCCGCCAUUAUUGACACCACGGGUAUCAUUCAGAGACAGACCGUCAUAAAUGUCAAUCUGAAAGGUACCCAGCUCCUGUUGGAUGCCUGCAUCCAAGCUAGUGUGCCAUUCUUCAUCUACACCAGCUCAAUGGCGGUAGCUGGACCCAACUCCUACAAGGAGAUUGUCCAGAAUGGCCAUGAGGAAGAGCAUCAUGAAACUACAUGGACGGCUUCAUACCCCUAUAGCAAAAAGCUGGCUGAGAAGGCUGUGCUGGCAGCUAAUGGGAGCACUCUGAAAAAUGGGGGCAACCUGUGGACUUGUUCCUUAAGGCCCAUGUACAUCUAUGGGGAAG